AAUCGGAUGUGCCGGCGGAGCUGCGAGUUGCAAACGGGUCGCAAAAGUUUGUGAACUUCACUUCGACCAUCCAAAAUCAGCUGCUGCUCGUGUCGCUGCUGGAGCAUCUCUGCCACAUGUACACGCACAACCCCGUUCAUUCCAGGUGUUUGUUCCGAAUACUUCGUCAGGCUUUCACAAGAACAGGGUUACUCUCUCCUUUUGCCUUCUGUGAUGAAUUUAGUACUGUAAGACUGCAGCAUAAUAGAGCCAUUACUGAACUAAUGAAAGCAGCUAAUCGGCAAAUACUUAACGGGGAACUUGAUAAUGGAAAUUCUCUUGCAAUUGGGGAAAAAGAAGUUCUCUUUGAAGCACAGACUUCGCGAUACUUGAAUGAAUUUGAUGAGAUUGCAAGGCUAGGAAAAGGAGGAUAUGGUAAAGUAUACAAGGUCAGAAACAAGUUAGAUGGUCAGUUCUAUGCUAUUAAAAAAAUAAACAUUAAGAAGGCUACAAGAAGAGAUUGCAUGAAGGUGCUACGAGAAGUUAAAGUGCUGGCUGGGCUGCAGCAUCCUAGUAUUGUAGGUUAUCACACUGCUUGGAUGGAACAAGUUCAAACAGCACGCCCAAAAGGAAAGUAUAGCAUAUCGUGUGAAACAAUAAUGGAGUUGCAGCCAUUAUUUUUGGAGCAAGAGAGUGGCAAUAAUCACUGUCACAUUCAGACUGUGGAAAGUAGUAGUUCGAUUAUCUUUGCUGACCUUACUUCACAAGAAAAGAAGUCCUGUGACGGUACCAGUCUUGGAAAUCUCAAAAGUGAGUUAGUGCAGAAUAUGGAUCUAAGGAGUGAUUUUAUAAACAGCAAUAGUAAAGAGUGUAUGAAACCAAAUGAAUGUGGAUUAUCCAUCGAAUUACAAGAAGCCUCUGUAAGUAGUGUUAGCAGUAGAUCAACUGAUGUGAAAAAUCAUUCAGCACGGGGUCCUCAUUCUAGUCUGGAUCAAGAUGCUAGCACUGGAAGUAAAUCCUGCACUGAAGAAUGCUCCAAGAAUGAUGUAGCUCUCUGUGGAGAGUUUGAGGUGGAGUAUCGUUUGAUGCUUCUUAUACAAAUGCAACUGUGUGAAAUAUCCUUGUGGGAUUGGAUUGCUGACCGUAAUAAAAGAUGCAACGAAAGAACAGAGGAAACUUCCAGUCCAUACCAUCUUGUGGAUGUCUACUGGACAAUGAAAAUUUUUCAAGAGUUAUUAGAAGGAAUAUGCUAUAUCCACCGCAUGGGAGUGAUGCAUCGAGACAUUAAACCCAGAAAUAUUUUCCUACAUGGAUCAGAUCAUCACGUAAAAAUAGGAGACUUUGGAUUAGCCUGCAAAGACCUUCUUUGGGAUGAUGCAGACCAGUGGUUUAAGACAGAAAGGAUAAAUGGACUGAAGCAUACUUCAGGCGUGGGAACGUGCCUCUAUGCCUCACCAGAACAGCUGCAGGGAUCUCACUAUGAUUUCAAGUCAGACAUGUACAGUGUGGGCGUUAUCCUGCUAGAACUCUUCCAACCGUUUGGAACAGAAAUGGAAAGAACAGAAGUUCUUACACGUUUAAGGAAUGGCCAAAUUCCUCAUGCUUUCUGCAAAAAAUGGCCUAUUCAAGCCAAGUACGUUAAACUCCUCACCAGUCAGGUAUCUACAGAAAGACCAACUGCUGCUCAGCUGCGUGAAAGUGAACUAUUUCAUACCACAGAACAUGUUAUUUUUAACCUACAACAGAAGGUGAGACAGCAAGAGGAAGAAAUAGAAAAACUGAGAGAAAGAAUAAGGCUGCUUUCUGAAGAACAAGAUGAUCAUAGGAGACUAGGUUCUCCAGUUUAACUACAGGAAGAACUAACCUUUAUUGUAUGCUAAGUUAUAUAAAACUUUUUUUACAUAAAAAUAUUUCAAUGCAUUUUGA